AUGUCGUUCCUCGGCGGAGCUGAAUGCUCAACGGCGGGAAACCCCCUCACGCAAUUCACAAAGCAUGUCCAAGAUGACAAGUCCCUACAACGUGACCGGCUGGUCGGUCGGGCGCCGGGAAUGCAAGAGAGUAUGCGAUCACGGGGUAUGAUGGGAGGACAGGAUCAGAUGAUGGAUGAUUUCAUGCAACAGCCCGGCCAGCAAUUAAAUGGACCGUCACCACAGCCAUUUGCCAUGGAGCACAUGCGUCGAGAGCUAGAGAACUUCCAAAACGUGCCUGCUCGGACAGGAUCCCCCGGCUGGGCCGCGGAGUUUGACCCCGGCGAGCAAGCUCGUAUGGAGGCUGCGUUUCCGGGCGCGGCCCAGAUGAACAACACGCCUGGAUUUGCCCCGGCGGAGUUUGCGCGUUUUCAGCAACAGAGUCGCAUGGGUAUGCCUCAAUCGCAAAGUCCUGCGACGGCCGCGACUCCGCCGCUGAUGGCGGGUUAUCAGCACCCUAUGGGGAUGGGUGGUUACAUGGGUGCCAUGGGAAGCAUGGGUGGUAUGGGCAUGAUGCGGCCGAUGGGAAUGCAAUCACCGAUGAUGCAACAACAGCAGCAGCCGCAGCAGCCAAUGGAGGGACAGACACAAGAUAAGGGCAAGGGUCGAAUGGUCGAACUUGACGACGAGAACUGGGAGGCCCAAUUUGCGGAGAUGGAGACUGCUGGCAAUGAGGUUCAGGUUGAUGACGAGGCCAACGCGGCAAUGGAGGCGGAGCUGAACGAGCUGGACAGGUCAGUGCCCAUCUCCGAGGAUGCGUUUGAGUCUGUGUGGGAACGAAUCCAAGCUGAGACCGCCGCGAGUAGAAAAUUGGCCGAGGAGGGCGGUGACUUUGAUGUCACGGACAGUGUGCACGUCGGUGACCUAGGUGACUGGGACGGCUUCGAUAGCCUCAACACGCGCUUCCGCGACCCUCAGCUGGGCGACUACAUGUUUGAGCAAGACAAUGUGUACUCGGCCGUGAACAACCCGUUCGAAGAAGGUGUGAAGAUCAUGCGGGAAGGGGGCAACCUCUCACUCGCGGCGUUAGCUUUUGAAGCUGCGGUUCAAAAAGAUCCUCAACAUGUACAAGCGUGGACGAUGCUGGGCUCCGCGCAGGCCCAGAAUGAAAAGGAACUUCCAGCGAUCAGAGCCUUGGAGCAGGCACUCAAGAUCGACCCGGGCAACCUGGACGCAUUGAUGGGACUGGCCGUCUCAUAUACCAACGAGGGAUACGACUCCACCGCCUACCGUACCCUUGAGCGCUGGCUAUCACAUAAAUAUCCCUCCAUCAUCGACCCCAAAGAAGUGUCCGGUGACGCAGACCUCGGAUUCACAGACCGCCAACUCUUGCAUGACCGUGUCACGGAGCUGUUCAUCAAGGCCGCCCAAUUGUCACCCUCAGGUGCACAGAUGGACCCAGACGUCCAAGUCGGUCUGGGUGUCCUCUUCUACUGCGCCGAGGAAUACGACAAGGCCGUGGACUGCUUCUCCGCCGCCCUGGCCUCCACCGAAUCCGGCAGCACCAACCAGCGCGAGCAACUGCAUCUACUGUGGAACCGCCUGGGCGCCACCCUAGCCAACAGCGGUCGCUCCGAGGAAGCCAUCGAAGCCUACGAACAAGCCCUGACCAUCAACCCCAAUUUCGUUCGAGCCCGCUACAACCUCGGCGUCUCAUGCAUCAACAUCGGCUGCUACCCCGAAGCUGCACAGCACCUUCUCGGUGCGCUUUCGAUGCACCGCGUCGUCGAGCAAGAAGGUCGUGAACGAGCGCGCGAGAUCAUCGGCGACGGAGGCGCAGCCAAUGGCCUGGACGACGAGCGUCUGGAGCGAAUGCUCCACAUCAGUCAGAACCAGAGCACGAACUUGUACGACACGCUUCGUCGGGUCUUCAGCCAGAUGGGCCGGCGAGAUUUGGCCGAUCAGGUGGUGGCCGGUAUGGAUGUGAAUAUUUUCCGCAAGGAAUUUGAAUUUUAG